AUGACUUUCAAAGAUACAUACACCCGUGAUGGGCGGAUUGUGGACGAGCUUCCAGACGACGUCGAGAUAGUGUCUGUGGAACAGGAGCUGAAGCGGGUAUUCAUUUGGCAACCCAGUAAAAGACAUUCUGGUGACUUGGAUCGAUCCGACAUGGAGCGCCCUGACGCUGAAGUGGGCGAGUGUGCGAUCACAAACGUGGCACCCCCGCUCUUGCUGGAGCUUCUGCUCCACCACUCGGACAUCAGAGUGCCCGCCCUGACCGCGCUAGCAUGCACCGCAACCGACUUCAGCGCGGCGGUGAACGAGCUUUGGCCUUCGAUGAUGGCAAAAUUUUCGGAGAGCUGUCAGAAUGAACCGACUACUCCCCUGACCGCGAGACAGAUUCCGGUCGAAGCCUUUCGUAAAACUCCCCACCCGGCCAGCGCUUGCAGGGUUCGGGCGUUGACUAGACCGAGAGGCGAAGGCUUGAACUUGAGCUUCGAAUUCGAGGAAGAAGGCUCAGAAUGGACGCGCCAGGACGCUCUGAUGACGGUGUAUACUGCUCGCUACACGUAUCGUCUCAGCACGGCAGACAUUCGUCAACUCCAACCAUACACAGGCAUGUACAAUGACAAGUACUACAGAUUCGAAGACGUUCUGGGGGCGGGCAUGCUCCGAUUCGGGCGACGGCCUUAUCUGGAGCGCCUCCUCCGAAGACCGAUCCGGGAGCAUCCGCAGAUCGAGAAGAGGAGCACCGGCUGGAAUCAUGUGAUGCGGUUGCACCAGAGGGUGGCCCCGGAAGUCAUGCUCGACACGAGAACACUUCAAGCAUAUGCCGAGGAGUACAUGAAGUCGGGCGUCGGGAUCAAUGUAAUCAGGAGCCGUCUGUGGUCGCACAGAUUCUUCUUGCAGCAGGUGUCUCAGCUGGUGCCCCAUAUGAACGUGGCCGAGCAGUCACGAGUUAAGCAUCUCCAGAAAGCUUACGUCUUGACGAAUGACUAUGAGCUGGUCCGAGAAGCUACCAGGAUAAUGAUAGCAAUAACAGGACUUCACUGA